CAUUUGCACCUCUGCCAUCCCGCCCUCCUGGGCACCCGUCUUGUAUUCCUGCGCCAGUGAUAUUCAGUGGCGGCAGCAGUGGAGCUUUGAAGCUGUGUGUGUCCGUGUCAGCCGUCUGCCGUCGGUCGACAACCCACAGCACAGCACACGCUUAUUGCGCCGCAUCUGCAAGUCCCCGAGGUAUAUUGCUCCGCACGCCGCACUGCCGUUGGGUUUGCCUACGUGCAUCUCUCAUGCCCCCUGUGAGACUGCUGGCACUGACUGUCUGCGGCUGCCUUACCUCUGCUCUACGGAGACCUGUACGUCCCCAGCUGCACCGCUGCCACUAUCACCAACACCAAUAUCCAACCUCAUCAUCCGCGGUUCACGGCCUUCAUUUCAAGAGCAUGGCGUCAACAAAUGCGAGCCCUAUCACUGCUGGAACAACAACAUGUAGCAGAGAGAGCAGUGGCAGCGUCGAAGGAUCCGCUUCGCUCGGCCUCGACACCCCUGCCGGGGUAUAUCGGUAUCUCCGUGGUCGAUGGGGACUCGAGAAGACUAUCGACUACAAGGCCGGGGGAAUGGCGGGGACCUGGAGAGGAGUCGCAACUUUCUCCCCCAAACAACAGCAAGCUUGCGACGGCAGCAACACAAAAGAAGAAGGAGAACAAAACCACGAUGGUGAUGGUCAAGACGAGAUGGACCACAGCUCUCUACUCUUUCUGCGCUACAGGGAACAGGGAACCUUUCGAGUGAACGGCGAGGGCGCCGGCUUCGAAGCCGGGCAGCGGCUGGUCUACGACUGCAGCGGCCCCGUCGUGCGCGUUCACUUCGUCGACGACCCGAAAAAGCCCGAUGCUCUCCGAUUUUUUCACGAACUCGACUUUCAAACAGCAAGCCCGUACGAGACAACGGCAGGGGCUGGAACGGGCGGGGAGGCAGGCGGUACGGGGGUGGCGGCGGCAGGGGCUAGUUUUGCGCCGCCGCCGCCUCGAGCGGAGUUUGAGCACCUGUGUGUCCGAGACAUGUACAGGGGGAAGGUGGAGGUGGCCGGGCCAAACGAGUUCAAGACGAGUUGGCACGUUACGGGGCCGCAGAAGGAUGGCCGCAUAAACGCCACCUUUAAACGAAGACUAUCCCAGGAAGACGAUUGA